AUGUCGGCUUCGAAACGUCCCGGCGCGCGUCCGCGUGCGCACGCGCGCCUCGACGAUCGCACCGCCUUCGCUUACGACCUUGAGGCUGCCAAUUACGACGACGACGCGAGUAAGUACGGCAAACGUCGUCGUUCCAGUCGCCAUGGAUUUGCCAACUGUAAUCAGUUUUUGAACACUCUGCGCGCGCUAUUCGCGCCCACGAGUCGCGUCAACGUCGCACGUUUAUGCUGCGCGAUCGCAGUGACUGUAUUGCUCGCGCAAGUGGCGUCGAAAUCGUCGGAGACGGCGUCGCCGACGCGCGUGGGUACGGAAUUAGAUUUGGGUUUGCUGCAGGUUGAACCUCCAAAGGGACGCCGAGGCGAAGCCUUGGCGCCGAGCGCGACGAAACGAUACGCGAAGAGCGCGGAUGAUUUGCGACGAACGAACGGAGGGUACAGUAGUGGUGCUCCGCGGAACAGGGCGAAGCUGAUCCCGCGAAUCGUGCAUCAGACGUUCAAGUCGCGCGGGACGCUCACGGAGAAGGACAAGGCGAUGAUGCAGACGUGGCGAGCGCAGAAUCCAGAGUGGGAGAUACGGUUCUACGACGACGAGGACUGCACGCGGUUCGUGCAGGAGCAUUUUCCGGAUUAUUACGAUGCGUAUGCGGCGUUGGUGAAGAAGGUAGAACGGAGCGAUUUCUUUCGGUAUUUGGUGAUUUUGAAGCACGGCGGCGUGUACGCGGACAUCGACACUGAGUGUCGAAAGCCUUUGGAUGAUAUGAUCGAUGCGAAGGACACACUGAUCGUCGGCUGGGAGAACGAGUUCGAAUCAGACGCAAAGGCGUACUCGAGACACUUCGUGCGAAGACGACAAGUGUUGAAUUGGGCGUUCGCGGGCGCGCCAGGGCAUCCCGCGCUCCUCGCCGUCGCCGAACACAUCAACGCUGGUGCGAAGCGAGUGUUCACCAAGGCUUCGAAUCGUAACACGCUAGAGCGUACGGGACCGGGUGCGUUUACUGAUACCAUCAUGUCGCACUUUGAAGGGCUUCGUACGGGUGGGAAGACGUUUUGGAACGUUCGAGUGUUGCCGAAAGUCGUGCUCGGCACGCAUCCGCUCGGCGAGGAGGGCGUGAGCCAAAAACACCCAGACGUCGUCAUCGCGCACAGAUACUCGGGUGGGUGGAAGAAAAAAACUGGCUGGAAUGGGAAGAGGCGCUGGUAUGACCACAUCGCGAUUCUCUGGCACUCGAUCAUGAGCGAUCUUCCGGCGUACCGCGAGAAGCUUGCGGCGCGAGACGAGCACUUUCAAAUGCCCUUGGUCGAUCCGAAGAGGGAGUACCCGGUGACAGCGCUCUGGGAGCCCGCGUUCGAUCUCAUGACGCCAUUGGUUGGCACGAUGGAGGAAAACGACGCGUCAUCAAAAAGCGAGCAUCGCAGCGCGGAAGGGUACUGGUUGACACUGUACGGUAGACCGAAAGUGGUGACGCACAGCCCUCUGCGCGCCGGGCAAAAUCCGGCGGAAAUCCUUUUUGCCGGUUUGGAGCGACACGCAGGGAAACACAUUCCUGAGCGCGCCGUCUUUAUUGAUAUUGGUGCCGGUUUAGGGUAUUAUUCCAACGCAGCCGCAUCCCACGGGGACGACGUGUACUCGUACGAGUGGGAUGAGACGUUAUUAGCAAACUUUAAGACGUCAGUUGAGUACAACAACUUUGGCGACCAUGUGAAAAUCAGCGCGGAUUUGGGCGAAUUGAAGAGCGGCGAGGCGUUUAGGGAUAUGCUUCUCAAGACGAAAAAGAUAGACGCCAUGCGUAUCGCAGGUCGAGGGUAUGAGAUGGACAUUUUAGACGGUUUCAAGAUGUUUGUGGCGGCGGGUGAUUUUCCUAUGGCGUUACUUUUGGAGAUGCGCCCGGCGCUCAUUGAGGCGUCAACAAAGCAUUCGACCGAGGACAUCAUCGCCAUGUUUCAGUACUUGUGGAGCAAUGGCUACACUGAUAUUGGGCACGUGGGUCCGGCGUGUGAUGGGCGGGGCGUGCGCAAAAUCAAGACAAAAGGGCUUAAAAGUCAGUUUGAGAACACGGCGUGGUGCAGAAUCGACAUUGCGAGCGUCAAAGGCGUCCUCAGCGCCAUGAGCGAGGAUGAGUUUGAAACCAUCAUCAUGUUCUCAGAUAGACAUUGA